AUCACGAAAGAGAAUUGGAUCGUGAACGAGGCAAACAGGAACUGCGUACGAUGUAGUUUCUACAUGGAUUCAAAGUGAAUGAAGAGCAAAACGAGGAAAGAGGCUUUGGAGUUUCCAGUAACAUGUAGUUUUCUGCAAGGUGUCUCUCAUAUGGCCAAGAUUGAAGAUUGAGAGGUCUACAUAAACUUUUGCUUUCAUCAAAUGCUAACUUCAGCUUAAAGGUGGCUAUGGCGACGGGACUUCUUCCCUCACAGUUUUUCGCCUCUGGUGGUCGUAGCUGCUGUAAGUUUCCCAAGCUGCCUGGAGCGAAGCCGUCCAAGUUCCACAGCAGAGUAUCGGUGCCCCGCUUGUCUAGGCGAGUCUCUGCUACUGCCACUCCUGUUGCUACUGAUGCGGAAAGUUUGGUCGGGUUCCUGGAGCAGGAUUUGCCACACCUGUUUGACGACCAGGGAAUCGACAGGACCCGCUACGAGGAGCGAGUGGAGUUUAGAGAUCCCAUCACCAAGUAUGACACUCUGAGCGGCUACCUUUUCAACCUCCAGCUCCUCCGCGUGGUUUUCAACGUCGAAUUUAUCCUUCACGAGGCCAAGAAGACAAAACAGGACGAGAUCACAACACGAUGGACAAUGAACAUGACCUUCAAACUGUUGCCAUGGAAGCCAGUGCUGCUGAUUACAGGAGUUUCGGUCAUGGGAGUCAACUUGAGCACUGGAAGAUUUCGCAGCCAUGUGGACUACUGGGAUUCUGUAGACAACAAUGACUAUUUCUCGUUUGAGGCCGUCAUGGACGUGUUGAAGCAGAUGCGACCUUUCAAAACACCCAACUUGGAGACUCCAAAAUACACGGCUUUGAAGAGAACCAAAUAUUACGAGAUUCGGAAGUAUGACGCAUUUCUAGUAGUCGAAACCACGACUGAUGGACUGGCUAGCUCAAGCGGUUUCAACAGCGUUGCCGGGUACAUCUUUGGAAAGAACCAACGCGAGGAGAAGAUGAAGAUGACCACACCAGUUUUUACAGCGAGGCAGAGCCAGGAUUGCAGCGACGUGAUCCAGAUUGUCUUGCCGUUGAAUUGCGAGCUCCCGAAAUUGCCUCCUCCAAACUCCAGCGAGCUAACUCUACGUGAAGUGAGCAGAGUCUACGCUGCUGCGAUCAAGUUUAGCGGCGCAGUCACCGAAGAACUCGUCAUGGAAAAGCAAAAGCUCUUGAGAGACAGUCUUCGCAGAGAUGAUCUUAAGCCUGCGGAUGGCUACUUGCUUGCUCGCUACAACGAUCCCGAUAGCACUCCAGCUUUCUUAAGAAGAAACGAAGUGCUUAUCUGGCUGGAAGACUAUCACUUUGAAGUAUGAUCAAAGUUUUGUAGAUGCCAAUUAAAUUGAUAUGGUGAUACACUGAAAAUAGUAGCUCUCAAAUCUUCAAAUCUUAGAGGAGCUCUACAAAACUUUCAUGCA